GUAACGUUAGCGUUUUAACGCUUCUUGAAUAAUCAGUCCUGUCACGGAAGGCGUAAAGGAAGUUCCUUUUUAACCUAAUAAAUUUCAAUAGAAAUAACGCCUGACCGAAUACUGAAGUUGACUUGAUGACAAACGUAAGUCCACACGCACGGCGAUAUAGGCGUUUAAAGAUCGUACAACCAGUAUGUAACGCCACCGCGGGGCGCGGAGGGGACUAACGGAUAGACCUCGUCCAUUUGGAUCGGCGCGGCGACGCGAGUUGCCCGCUCCACUUAUUUUAAUUUUUUUAAAAAAGGGCACUCUCGGACGAUGACGUUCGAAGGGUUUUCUAUUCAUUUAAACAUGAGAACCUAAUUUAAUUCGUGUGUGAGUGUUUUCCCCCGCUCGGCGUGCCUUCCUGCUUUCUGCACUUCCCACUUGGCGCUUUUACUUCAUAAGGCAGAAUGUCGCAGGCAGUAACGCAAAAUCGGACAUUUCACUAAACGUCCAAUAAUAACGAAUUCCAGGGGACCUACCACCUACCACCCAACACUGGCUCCGGAGACCACCUACUGCUCUGCCGCACCCUGAACACCGGGAAGAAGUGACGUCACACCUUGCCAUGCGCGCCGUCCGCUGCUUCACCGAGCGAUAGUCAGGGAAGUGCCACUCGUUCUAAAGCGUCUUCAAGUGAAUGCGAGCUCGAUCUAAAUUGUUCGGACUUACUCCUGAGAUCUAUUUUUUAAUCUUUUCGGCUGCCUACCCUACAUUUGUAUUUUUUUUUUAAAAAGUAAUUUUUUUAUAUUAUAAUUUUUAUUUUUGAAAAGAUUGUUUUAUUUAUAUAACUAGUAAAGAACCUAACGUUUCAUUGGCGCCCAAUCAUAGGUAUUUAGUUACUGAGCCGUAUUCGCUUGAACUUGCUUUGGUAUUAUCUAGUAAUCAUUGGUGUUGGCUGUUUUUUGUAUUAGGUUUUAAGUGUGUCCAGGUGUUCAUCAAACUGUGCUAGUAGGCGUUUUUUCUAUAAAAUCACAUUAUAUUUUCCGGUCGACUACCCACACUUUGAUGAGCAUUGUCGAACUACCUACCUAUUUUUGAGAUCUGAUUGAUUCUUCUUUCUAUAUUAUUUUAAAUCUAACUAUAAUUGUUUUGUGGAAUUGCGACACACACCUACGGGCUAAACAUGUCUUACCAAAUUAAAUACCUUUCGCUUCAAAAGUCGGAGUUGGAGUACGAGGUUGCUGUUAGGGGGGGUACUAUAGGAGAAUCGGUUCAGGAGCUUAGGAAACAGAUUGUGAAGCUUAGUCCGCUAUUGCCUGCCGAGGAUAUUUUGGAGUCUCAUUUGGAUCCUAGUGCGGAUUUGGCACAAGUUAGGGAGACCUUGUCAAAAACUAGAGAUAACAUUAUUUCCCUUCAAUCUAAAUAUGACAGGAAUGGUUAUUCACGGACAGAGAAUAUGCUGCAUCAUGUUUAUUACCGACUCAUUAGGGUGGAUAGGUCGGAAGCAAUUGAGGCUACCUAUUCAGAGUUAUCUAAGGCCUUCAAGCAACAGUUUUCAGAGCUUAAAGCGUUAAAAAAGGAACCGUCCUCUGGGUCAAUGAGCUCCGAGCCGCUAUCUGACAUAAUUUCGGUAUCGUGCGAGAAAAGGCUAAUUUCUGAUGUGGUUAGCAAACUGAAGUACUCUGGUAAAACGUGCGUUCGGGCAUUCGUGCAAAAAGCCGAGGAACUAGCUAUAUCUAGGGGGAUGUCCAAGGAUAAGUUGUUGUCGUUUGGCUACGAGAUUUUUACUGACGCAGCUUUGCAUUGGUACCGAUGUGCCAGAGGUAGGGUGCAGUCUUGGGAGGACUUAGUUAAGCUAUUAAUUCAAGAUUUUAGCCAGGCUAACUACGAUUACCUUUGGAUGGAUGAAAUAAGAAAGCGUACACAAGGUGAACAGGAGAACAUCACAAUUUACGUUUCUAUUAUGCAGGGUAUGUUUUCUAGGCUUGCUAAACAACCAUCAGAAGAGGAAAAACUCGAAAUACUCCUGCACAAUAUACGUCCGGUCUAUGCUAGUACCCUCGCUGCAUCUUCCAAUGUUUCUAGUAUUCAGGGCCUGCAGGAUCUAUGCCGCAGCUACGAAAAUAUACAGUCACGACUUGCUCAUUUUCACGAACCACCGAAAGCUGAUUCUGAUACGCUGGCCCGGGAGUUUGCAUACGACAGGCAGUUACCUAGCUCUUCCAGUAACCGUGCCGGCGCUUCAUAUAACUGUAGUGAUUCUGAUUACAAGAGUAGUAACUACAGGAAUAGAUUUUUCAAAUCCUACCCUAACAAUACCAAUCAGUAUACUAAAAAGAACACGGAACGACCAAACAGCGCCAACGUUAACGCAAUAGAGGCUAAUAAUAGUUCCGAUUCUAAAAACUCCUACUGUCCUAGAUGUCGCGUGACCUCCCAUUCUUUAAAGACUUGUCGACAGCCUCACUUCCUGAUUUGUUUCAAGUGUGGUAAGAAGGGCGUACGUUUCCCUGAUUGCACAAAUUGCCAGUCUGCCGUUCAAAAAAACUGAGUACGGUGGAUUGUAGCGACGAAGAAUGUAAGAACGAAAGAAUUAUCAUAGAUAAACAAGACGAUGCUGAGUGGACUAGUUGGCUCAGUUUUGUUUCCAAUUUCUUUUCGUGCUAUUCCGUUUCUUCAAUCCACAAUAUUCAGUCCGACCAUUCUCGUCCUCACGUUAUGGUCGAAAUUCGAAGUAAGCCACUAAUCGGUUUGCUUGAUACCGGCUGCCCGGUAACUAUUUUUGGUAACAAUUCGCAUACGUAUUUUUUGGACAGAGGGUUCAAAAUACAGCGGUGGUCAUCUUCUGAUCUCGUGGCUGCAGGUCGCCAUAAAUUACCUUGUCUGGGCGUGAUGUAUAUUCCAGUUAAAUUCCUAGACCGGAGUCACGUACUAACUAUCCACGUUGUUCCCAGUGUGCAGAAUUCUCUCAUUCUCGGCAUGGAUUUCUGGAAUAAGUUUGGGUUAUUUCCUAAGUAUCUGUCUAGUGUGUUGAUACGUCCUGAGUCCGAAGUCGCUCUAGCUGCUAUUGAGGCGGAUAGUAAUAAGAAACAGCUUUGCAGUUACGAACAUUUGUCAAAUGAUCAAAAAACUACAGCAGAUCAUAUUAUUUCGCAAUUCUAUGACAUAUCCUAUGAGAAAUGCGGCCUGGGUAGGACUACCUUAACCACUCAUGUUAUUGAUACUGGCGAUUCUGCCCCCAUCCGUCAACGAUAUUAUAGGGUGCCAUUAGAAAAACAACGCGUUUUGAUUGAACAACUUGAUGAAAUGAUUAAAGACGACGUGGUUGAACCUUGCGAGAGCGCGUGGUCAUCGCCGGUUUUGCUCACUCCUAAGAAAGAUGGUAAACUAAGAUUUUGUUUGGACAGUCGCAAGCUUAAUGCCGUAACUAAGAAGGAUGCGUACAGUUUGCCUUAUAUAGCUGAAAUAUUGGAUAAUCUUCGAGAUGCCAA